AUGGGAUGGAAACAAGGAUAUGGGGCCGAUAAAUUUUCACUAAGCCUCGCUAAAGACCUCAGGAAUCUUUUACUAUUUCUCUUUGUCCUUGAGCUCAGAGAUGGCAUAAAAUUAAAUUCAUCUGAGGCAGCGGAUGACACAUUCUUCGCGGUCUACUUUUCCGUCACAAUAGUGACAAUGGGCCACUUUAUCGAGAUGGAACAGCGCUACCUAACCGGUGACAUGAACGAACCUGAAUCGGAAAGCUUCUUAGAACCGGACAAGAUUACGCCGAUUCUAACAUUGCGGCGGGUAAAAUCGUGCUUGCCACGUCAUGGAAUAAAACUGACCAUCUCAAAACUGUUUGCACCCUUCUUUACGGUGUCGCUCAACAUUACGUUGCUGGCUUGCAGUACCAUAGGACUCGUCGCCUGUGUUCUCCUGAUACUUGGAGUUUAUAAGGACAUCAAAUAUUUGCUCCUUCCAUGGGUGGUGGCCAUGGGAAUGGAAACGCUGGUCGAGAUCAUCAACCUGGUUUACCUGUUUUAUUUGCAAACUGUCGGCAAACGAGCGGACGGAUUACCUGAUGUUGAACUUCAAUCCGAUUACGUCCUUCCUGUUCACUCUGGAUUUCUUCAUCAUCGUGCUGAAUGUGAAUUUCAAAAUCAACUUUAUAAAGUGAAGUUAAGUACAGUUAGCUCCGGUAUGUGCCUAUUUUGGAUAAGGCGGAUUUUGGAUAAGGAAACACCCGGGUGUGGUCAUUGUGAGGACCGGCUGGAAGACGCCGUGGCGAUCGGGCCGAAGACGACCGAUGUUAAGCCGGGAGGCAGGAAUGUGUGGCAAACGCAAUAUAGUACCGCGGCCUUGGCCUGA